AUGGCCCAGGGCAUCGCCAUCAUCAAUUACCCGGACUACGAGCCUCAGAGGUGGCACGGCACCCUUAUCUACUGGCUGGUUCUCCUCGGCGCUUUCGCCAUCAACCGAUGGGGUGCCAAGAUACUUCCUGCCAUUGAGGUUGUCUCGAUGGCCCUCCACGUCAUCAUGUUCUUCCUCAUUUUGAUUCCGACGGUGGUGGUCACGCCGGAUCGACAUUCAGCUGAAUACGUCUUCACCACAUUCCUCAACUUCUCGGGCUGGGACAAUGACGGGAUAGCCUGGUGCAUUGGCUUGCUAACGUCUUCAUAUGUCAUGGUCGGCGCCGAUUCUGUCAUGCACAUGUCCGAGGAGAUGAAAGAACCAAGAAAGGGUAUCCCCCGUGCCAUGAUCGGCUCACUCCUCAUCAAUGGUCCUAUGGGUUUCGCCAUGCUUAUCGCCCUGCUCUUCUCGAUGGGUGACCUCGCAGACGCCGUCAACUCGUCCACCGGAUUCCCUAUUAUCGAGAUCUUUCUCCACGUAACCCGCGGAAACGUCGCCGCCGCCUCCGCCAUGACCGCCUCGAUCGUCAUCUCGGCCACUCUCGCCACAGUUGCCCUCAUGGCAUCAGCCUCGAGAACCCUCUGGGCUUGCGCUCGAGACGAUCUUCCCCCUUUCUCCGGCUGGCUGUCUCAUCUUCACCCCACGCACCACAUCCCUACCAACUCUAUGUACUGCACACUAGGCGUCUUGGUCAUUUUGGGCCUUCUGCAGAUCGCCUCCACUGCAGCCUUCAACGCAUACACCUCCUUGGCCGUCGUCUCCCUGUACCUAUCAUACCUCAUGCCUAUCCUGGGAAUGUUGUACUGCCGCAUCUUCAAUCCUAGCCUCCUCGAGUUUGGGCCCUGGAGACUCGGCCCCCACAUGGGCAUGGCAAUUAAUAUUGCCGCUGUCUGCUACCUGAUCAUCGCAUGCCUCUUCAUUAUGCUCCCUCCCACACGCCCUGUCACCGCUCUGAACAUGAACUACGCACCGGUCAUCCUGGGAGCAUCCAUCAUAUUUGUUACAGUCUACUGGUUCUUCAAGAAGGACAAGUUUUCAGCUAGGAGUGAAGCCGCAAGGCACGAAGCUGAGGCUCGAGCUCCUCAGUAA